AGAAAGCCAAAGCAAAUGAGAGUGAUCCUCAUCAUCAUCAUCAUCAUAGCUUGAAUUGAAGCAACAACAACAUCUACCAAUUCCCAAAGCCCCAUCUUACAGUUUCAGACCAAAAACCAGCAACCUCCAUUUCAUAACAAGUUUUAAGCCAAAAAAAGACCCCCACUUGCCUACCUACCCACUACUAUAUCUCUACACCGUAUAGUUUUCAGUUUUCAGAAGAGAAAAACUGAAAAGGCGCCAACUUCCAACUCUCGCACUUUUUUUGUUCCUUAAAAAAGCGAACUGCUUUUUAUAUUUUUGAGUUUAUAUACUUAGCCUGUACAGUUUUUUCUCUCUCCCUCCAACUGGCUUCAAGGACAGACAGAGAGUGGUACCCUCCCAUUAUUUUUAUUUUUCUAAAGAAACCCCAACAUCCCAAAAAUAAACAUUAUGGCAAAAGAGCAAAGCCAGGAGCCUGCCAUCAUCAGCCCUCUGCAGGUCCAGGACAAAGGGGAAGACAAGGAGUUGGACCCUGGAUCUGACGAGCCUGAGGCCCCUUUGCCUCUCACAGUCACUUCCCGGGUCUUGUAUAUGUUGGGUGACAUUGCCGCAGGGCCUGCGUAUAGAAUCACGCAAUGGCUGGAAUUGGUUCGUAAACGGAGUUCCCGAUAUCAUUCCUCUGGCUUCCCCCACAGCCUUCCGAGGUUUAACAGUAUGCCUUUUAGUGCAGGAGAAUCUGUUGAUGACUGGGCAGAUCAUCUGCCUACUGAGCAAACCACAGAAGUCAAUCUCUGGGAAAGACUUGGUAAAGCUGCUACAUUGGACAUUGAGUCAAGUUCUUUCUCCUGGGAUAGGCUUUCUUCGCUUCACCACACUGAACAUAGUAGUAGCAAUGACAAUUCUGAGGAUGAAAUGAAUAAAGCACUUGAGGUCACUGUGAAUUCGGGGGGAGUUGUCUUCUUUGCCCUAUUCAACCAGCCAGGGAAUGAAGAUGCUUUUCCUAAGGAAGCUGUAGCUGUUAUAAAGAUAUCGUCGUCAAGGAUGGCCACACAAUCUGAACGUCUUGGUUAUGAAUUUGCAAAGUGCCUUGGUGUUCGAAUUCCACAGGCCAGAGUCAUUCAUAAUUGUAGCUCUGAGUGGCUCCAGAUGAAGGAAGCUGCAGAGAAGGCAAGAGAUGUAGCAAGUUCAGAAGGGGAUGAAUGUGGCGAAAUGACAUGUUCAGAACUUUUGGAAGCUCUUGAACUUAGCCGAUGCCUUUUGCUUAUGAGCUAUGUUCAUGGAUCUCCUUUACUUGAAAGCUCAAAUGUAUUUGAGUCAAAGGAAACUGCGGAAAAAACAGCAGCUGCUCUUGGUAGGAUCCUGAUGUUGGAUCUUGUCAUCAGAAAUGAAGAUAGGCUUCCUUGCCGUCAGCUCAGAUGGCGUGGAAAUUCUGCAAAUCUAUUGUUGGCUGACAAAACGACUUUUGCAAACAUGGACAGAUUGGAGGAAGCCUUCGAUUCUGCAAUCAAGCGAUACAAACCAAGAGUGAUCAGAGGUCUUCAUAAGGAUAGAAGGGCAACUUCAGUAGAUAGCAAACUGAGUGCCCAUAAUUCAGGACUGGUAUCACAGACCUCUGAUCUUUCAGAUAUUAUAGAGUCACCAAGAUCCAUAAAGAGUCAACUAUCAGAUGAUUCAAUUUUAUCUGAUUUUCCAAUUGUGGCUAUUGACUCUGGUGUUCCCCGUCGGCCUCCUGCUGGAAAACGUGCAAAUGACCAGGAAAUUUAUCCUAAGCUGGUUGAGUUACUACUCAAUAGUUCCGAGUACUCCUCUAAUGUGUUACAUGACAUAACAUUAGGGAAACUAGGACGUCCUCCUUUACAAGACAUUGAUGCAUCUGAUACACGAGCAGUUUAUGAAAGGACUUCAGUUGUUCAAGAGUUCCGUAAUGGAUUCCGAGCUGCUCUUAGGGAUCUACAAGGCUUCCAUAUAUUCUUACUCACGCUUCACCAAAAACUGGAGAACUUGCUACGAAUAUUUUUUAAUAUUAUAGAUAAAAUAUCUUCAGGGGAGUCUGACAAAGAGGAUUUGGCAGUUCCUGAGUCGCCCUCACUUGCUUCUGGAAGUGUUAAUUUCCCUUUUUCACCAAGCAAGGACCGGCUUAUCAAUGAGAACCAUCCAGAUAGUGAUUCUGAAUUGCACAGAACUGCUCCAAGGUCUUCAUAUUCGGGAAAUAAAGAAAGCUCAGACUUGAGCUCUCCCAUGUCACGGGAUAGUUGUCAUGGGAGGUUCUCUAAAGGGAGUGCAGAGCCCCUCCGUAGUCUGCGUUUGACAGCAAAGCUCCGGGACUUCCAUAAAUAUGCCAAGGUCGAUGCGGAAUCAAACAAAGAAUUGGAACAGUGGAAUGAAAUGUUAAAGAGCGAUGCUAUCAAACUCUGCCAGGAGAACAAUUUUAAUGCUGGGUAUUUUGAGGGUAGUGACAAUAACGGUGUUGUUGAUGCUUAUGAAUUGAAGGUCAGACUUGAGCACAUACUUGAGAGGAUUGCAUUGAUAUCUGGGGCUGCAAACACAGAGAGGCCAUCUCCAAUCACAAGUUGCCUGUUCAUCGGCGGGGCCCUGGCUGCACGAUCUGUAUUCACCCUGCAACGCUUAGGAAUUACUCAUAUAUUGUGUUUGUGUUCCAAUGAAAUUGGACAAUCAGAUUCACAGUUUCCUGAUCUAUUCGAGUACAAAAACUUUUCUAUAUGCGACAAUGACGAUUCAAACAUCAGCGGCAUCUUUGAUGAAGCUAUCAGUUUUAUUGAUCAUGUUGAACAAAUAGGAGGGAAGGUUCUGGUCCAUUGCUUCGAGGGGAGAAGCAGAAGUGCCACGCUGGUGCUUGCAUACCUAAUGCUCAGAAAGAACCGCACUCUAUUAGAAGCAUGGAAUUCUCUAAAACAAGUUCAUCGCCGAGCGCAACCCAAUGAUGGUUUUGCAAAAGUCCUAUUGAAUCUGGAUAAGAAACUUCAUGGGAAAGUUUCCAUGGAAUGGCAACAGCGGAAGCCAACGAUGAAAGUUUGCCCUAUCUGUGGGGUGAAUGCAGGUCUGAGUAGCAGCUCACUUAAGCUUCAUUUGCAGAAAUCACACAAGAAACUAUCAUCAGGUAGUGUGGAUAGUGCAAUGACAAUGGAAAUACAAAAGGCCUUGACUGCACUAAAAAUGAGUCGAGGUGGAAGCGUCAGCCCUAAACAGAGGCAUUCUCAUUCAGAUGUGGAAGAUUAGAGAUUUCCAAGCUGCUUUUUUUUUUUCUAUAAGGUGGACUAUUAGUUUCAUAAUGUGGUCGAUCAAUCUUGUAGAUAUAUAGAGAUUGUAGAAGUGUCUUUUAAUCAAGGAAUUGUGCGGUGGGUUUUUGCGCAUCCGGGGCUUCCAAGUUUAAACGUAUCAUAAAUAGAUUCUCAAGAGUUUAGAGAUCUAAAGUUAA